CUCGGCUGCUAAAAACAGCUCCAGCCCCACUCUGAACCUGGGCCUGAAACAAUGUCCUCCACGGAAAGAAACGUAAAGGACACUUGAUCACACAAUCCUUGGAAUUAUUUCCAGGAAUCACUUGCAGAAACCAUUCGAAGCACCCUUUGCCUGGCAGAGCACACAGGGACGGCCAGGAGAUGAGCGCAUCUUUGAAUUACAAGUCUUUUUCCAAAGAGCAGCAGACCAUGGAUAACUUGGAGAAGCAACUCAUCUGUCCCAUCUGUUUAGAGAUGUUCACGAAACCCGUGGUCAUUCUCCCCUGCCAGCAUAACCUGUGUAGGAAAUGUGCCAGUGACAUUUUCCAGGCCUCUAACCCGUACUUGCCCACAAGAGGAGGUAGCACUGUGGCCUCGGGGGGCCGAUUCCGUUGCCCGUCCUGCAGACACGAAGUGGUUUUGGACAGACAUGGGAUCUACGGGCUUCAGAGGAACCUGCUGGUGGAAAAUAUCAUUGACAUCUACAAGCAGGAGUCCACCAGGUUAUUCUUCCUGAAUCCUCUUGGCAUCCACCUGCUGAUUGACAUGCAGCAUAUGCAUCAGUCAUUUUUUAUUUUUUUGAAAAGGUCUUCUCAUUCAUCGAAUCACACUGGCUAUAGAAUUCCUUUCCUAGAGACAACACAGGGGGAGUUCAUUCCUAGAAGUGCUGGUGUUGAGGAGCCCUUUUUCAACUGUACACAAGGCAGUCAAGUCCAUAGCGCUUGACAGCAAUACUGAGACCAUCUAGAAAUGAUCUCACUGUGCUUCCCAGUAGGAGACACGGAUUCACGGAACAUCUGCAGGGCUCGAAGAGCCUGUGCUCUUAGAAGGAAAGCUGUUCUAUAAAUCGAACAUGUAAUUAUUAUAAUUGCUAUGGCUAUUCAUUUCUGCUUAAGAUUCAAAACUAAAUUAGAUAGUGCCAGGAUAUAGAUGGCACUGGGAAGAAGAAUUGCUGAUGACAUAUUGCAGAGAUACAGAGUGGGCUAUUUCCCUCGCUUCCAAAAUCUCUUGAGAAGAAGGAAAGUACCGCUGUUGUAAUUAAGAUCUGAUCUCAUUUUAUUUCAUUAUUUUAAGAUGCAAAUAGAUACACUGUCUCUUAAAAAAGUUAGCCAGCCAAUUAAUAACCAACUAAUUAUUAAGGCUGUUUAUAUAACAACUGAUUCAGUGCCUGCGACAGUGCCUUGCACAGAAUAGUUGCUCUGUAAGUACCAGAUGUUUAAGUAACACCAUAAAUCGUCUUACACAUUCUAUUUAUUGCAAUAAUUUUCUGUUUUGCUACUUGCCACAGUGAGAGCUUGGAUGAUGUGAAAUAAUAACUAUAAUUGUUAUGUAAUCCCAAGAAGAGGAGAUGUUAAAAUCUGUAGCGUAACGCUACAUGACACAUCCUGGCUUUAAAGUCUAUGCAAUGCAUCUGCCAAAACUAGUGCCUAGGUGAACAAAUUAAAAGCAAUGAACCAAUUUCUAACAAUGACGCUCACAGCUGAGUAGCCUAGUGGUGUUUUUGUGAUUAUCAAAUUCUUCUUAUGCUGCUGUUUCUUGAACCUGAGACUUACCUUUGGGACAUUUUUAAUUGGUAGCAAAACCACAAAUUGUACAGAGAGCUCGGGCACAUGUUUGGACAUAAACCCAGUUGUUCCCUGAGGGCUGGCAGCUUUACCAGCCCAGAAUCCUAAGCC